AUGAAAGUUGUUCCAAAAUUCCCACUUCCUUCUGAUCCAACUUAUGACUAUAAUCUAAUACCAUCAAAUAAAGAAUUAACCAUAACAAAAAAGGUAUCAACCAAUAAUAGACUAAGUAGAAAUAUAAUUACUGAUUAUCCACAUUUACUUAAUUCAAAUCAACAUAGACAGGAAUUAAAUCCUUUUUACGACAACAAAAAAACGAUUAAUUCUAAUAUGGCACAAGAAGUAUUAAAUAGUAGAUUAGAAGUUGAAUCAACAUCAACUACUUCAUUACCCAUUUCAUAUCCAUAUUAUUAUUUAGAAGAUUAUUCUCCAAGUAAUCAAUUAUUACUACAAAAUCAUGAAUCAAAUAAAUCUGCUGAUACAUUUGAAUUAUUGAAAUCAAUAAAUCCACCUCAAAAGGAAAUUAGUCCUCCAAAAAAAGCAAUUCAGCCAACGAUGCAAGUCUCACCAAAUAGAUAUAAUGAUUACAAUCAAAUACCAAAAAGAUUUUCACAAUUUAUAAUUGAUCAACAAAAUCCGUAUAUUUCACAAAGAUUAGAUAAUUUAGAUGAUUUAAAUGAGGAUAAUUUAUCAAGUAUAAAAACAAAUGAUAAUGAAAAGGGAAAUUCAUCAAUUCAAAAAUCUUUUAGUUUAACAAAUAAUUCUAAAACUAAAAGAUCAAGUGCUAAUCAAUCACAACAUGAUGAAUUUUUCAAUAAUUCUGGUCAAUUAUCUAGAAAUAUUUCAAAUUCAAUGGAAAGUCAAGCUACUAUUUUUUCAACUAGACAAAAAUCAUCAUCUGAAAGUAAUGAAAGAGUAACAACUCUGAGAAGAAUUGGAUCAAGAAAUUUACCAUCUCAAAGAAGAGGAACUCGUCAACCUCAUAUUCAAAAACAUAUUAAUAAUUCACUUCGUAAAAGUAAAUCAUUAUUUCAAAAAAAACCAAAAUCAAGAACUUCAAAUGUUCAAUUAUAUCAUAAUGAUUCAACAAAUUCUUCAAUUAUAAAUUCAUCAAUUCAAUCAAGUUCAAGUUUAAUUAGAACAAAUGCAAUAAAAUCAAAAAGGGGAAGUUUAUGGUAUAGAUUUAAAUUACAAUUGGUUAAACUUUUGAAUAAAUUUAAAUUUUAUAGUUUUAAAGCAUCAUCAAAAAGAGCAAGAGGAUCUAUUAAGAGAUCAAAAUCAAAAUCAAUUAAGCGAUCAAAUACAAAAAACCGUGAAAGUUGUCAAAAUCAAGAUAUAAAAAGAUUAGCCUCGAUAAAAUUAUUACCACCUCAUAAACUUAACAAAAAUAAUAAUAAUUCAAAUUAUUUAAAAAUUUCAAAUCCUUCAACAAAUCCAAAUUUAGGUUCAACUCCAAUAUAUCAUGUUUCAAAAAUGGACAAAAAUUUAAAAAAUCUGAUGGGUGCAACAAAUAACCAAAAUUUAAGUCAUGAAGAAAUUGUUAAUGAAAAUUUAGGUAAAUAUAAUCAUUUAACAAAUUAUAUAAAUCAACAAGAUAAAAAUUAUUUACAAAAUAAAUCAACGCUAAAAAUUCAAAAUAAUAAACCAUCGAGAAUAAUUGAAGAAUUACCAUCACCACAAAUAGAUAAUGAAGAAGAUGAUGAAAUCAAAACAAAUUUACAAAAUGUUGAACCAUCAUUAGUUGCAUCAAUUGCAACAUUAUCUUCACAACAACCACCAUUACCACCACCACAUAUAGAUCAAUCAUAUCUUACAAAAAAAAGAAUUAUUAGUAAUGUUUCAAUAAAUAAAGAAAAAAGAAUUCAAUUAAUAUGGAAUAGUUAUUUAAAACAAGUGUUAUCAAAACGUAUACAAUUAAGAUUAGAAAUUUUAAAUUAUCAAAAUUUUUUAACUAAUAGAGAAACUUCAAAUUUUAUAAAUAAAAUAUUUGAAGAAAUUAAAUUGGAACAACUUAAAGAUGAACGAAAUUCAAAUAUAAGUUAUCAAAAUUCAUUAAUUUCAAAAAAUUCUUCAAAUUCAUCUUCUUUUAAUAAUAAAUUUAUUCAUCCAAAUGCUAAAUCUCCUUCAAUUCAUUCUUCAAUUUAUUCUCAUACAUCAACUACUACAACCACAACAGAAGAAAAUGAUGAUCAAGAAACAAUUUCAACAAGUUCAACAAAACUGUAUGAAAAUGAACAUGGUGAUAUAUUUAUUGAAUUAGAUGAUGAAUCACAAGAAAAUCAAGAUAAAGCAUUUAAUAAAUUUAUAAAUAGAAGAUCAAUGUUAGGAGAAAUGUUAGAAUAUAAUUCAUCAGAAGAAUCAGAAGAUUCAGACGAAAGUGAUGGUGAUGAUGAAGAACAAGAUGAUGAUGAUGAUGAGCAAGAAGAUGUUUACUCAAUUCAACAAUCAAUAAAUCUUAAAUCUCCAAUUUCUUUAACUCAUAAAAUUAGUAAUAGAAGUAAUACAAAUUCAAUUAAAUCAGAAACACUCGUUAAAAAAUAUGGAACAAUUAAUAAAAAAUCAUCAACUAAAAAAUUAAAACAAAUUGUAAUGACUAAUGAUAUUGAAUUAAAUAAUCAAAUGAGUUACGAAACUGACAUACAAAAUUCACCAUUGAAAAGAAGUUUUGGAUUAAAUCAUAAUUUAAAUAAAUUAAGUACAUAG